UAUAUUUUAGUGAAUUAAGGCCUGAUUCUGAUUUUUCUUAUAUUACUGUAAAUGCUUAAGUAACUCUAUUGUAUUUAAUAGGUUCCACCAUAAAGAGUGAGGGUGGGGCUAUAUUUGAGUUUGCAAAAUGCUAUGUAUGUUUAAAGGCAAAUAAAUGAAAUUACCUUGAAUUCUAGAGUCUCUGUGCUCUCCAAGGGGCAGCCACCUAAGCCCUGAAUUGUUGCAUCAGUACAGUACUAGUACAUUAAUUAUCUGGAUAAUCAAAGCAAAUAGCUAAAACUGCUGUUUGCUGAAGAUUUCAUCUGGUGGUCAAGAACAAAGCUAGGUCUGGCUGAAUAAAAGCAUGCUUCAGACUGUUGGAGGCGACUGAUCUUGACCCUGUGUUAACCAAGUUAACAGCUGUGCAAGAAACCAGAGGUUCUUCCAAUUUUACCUCUCCAGGGUUGCCAUGGUAACUGUGGUGUAAGAAGAACUAAUAUGGACUGGCAGCAAGUGAAAGGAAAUUUGAUUUAAGUGAGCUAAAUUUAAAAUGUAGCAGCCAGCACAGUACAGUAGUUAUGGACUAAUGUUUUAUACUGUUUGGCCAAUGAGUUUGUCUUAAUUUGCUCUUGCUCUACAAACACUGAGUUAAUGGAACAUGUUUCUUACUUGAUGUUUUUUCCCACUAGCCUGGAGUGUUUUUGUCCAUGGGAUUUAGUUUAUAUAUGAAAAUAUUUUUCAUUGUUUUGGCAAUGUGGAUUAGUAACAUAUACAGUAUAUUACUGCCUGUUGGAAAACAGCCACCACUUCAAGGAAAGUAACGUGACAUGUUUCAGUGCUGUGUUUAUGGUCUUGGAGAGAAGACCACAGUGCCUAAUUCUGGCUGAGAUCCAAUGUCAUUGCUUAGCACUCUGGAUAAGAUAAAUUCAUGUCCAUGGAAGCUGAAGAUGGCUGCAUUGUAAAUUACGACUGGGGAGUAACUUGGCUCUUCCUGCUGUGAAAGUCAUUCAUAGACUGAUUAGAUGCUGCCAUUUGGGAGUUAAGGUGAAUUUAUGUGAUAAUACUUUCCCCCUCCCAAGUAAAAUAGGCAAGUCUUUACAAAGUGGAAAUAUUUAUAGAAAAUGUUAUAACUGCCCUAUGCUCCCAAAAAUGGAGAAACUAAGUUGGAAGGAAACAGUAUGUUUCUGGAGGUAUUUAAGAAAUGAGUCUUUGUGUACAGGGAUCGGGAUGGCCUGAAAAUGCUCUGUUUUUAUCACUUUUUAAAAUUUGAGUGUAUAUAUCUUACGUGUAUUUUCAUUCUCUUCUGUAGGUGAUUCUCAUCCUUACCAAGUAUUACCAUACUGACAUGGGGAAAGUGUUGGAGAGCUCUUUGUGGAGGUCAUCAGAUUUUGGGACAUUAUAUACAAAGCUGAAUUUGCAGCCUGGGAUUGCCACAGUCAUUGACAAUUUCUAUAUCUGUCCCACCAACAAAAAAAAGAUAAUCCUUGUAAGUUCAUCGCAUAAUGACCGGGACCAGAGCCUAUUCAUAAGCAUGGAUGAAGGAGCCACAUUUCAAAAACAGCCUAUUACUUUCUUUGUGGAAACCCUGCUUUUUCACCCAAAAGAAGAAGACAAGGUGCUUGCUUACACCAAGGAAGGCAAGCUCUAUGUAUCUACUGACUUGGGGAAAAAAUGGACCCUUCUACAGGAACGAGUGUCAAAAGACCACAUCUUUUGGGCUGUUGCUGGAGUUGAUGGAGAUCCUGAUUUGGUUCAUAUGGAAAUUCAGGACCCCAGUGGAGGUUAUUGUUACAUCACCUGUCAAAUUCAGAAUUGUUCUGAUAAAACAAUGACAGUCUUGUUUACUGGCAGCAUUGACCAGGAUUCCCUGACUGUGCAGGAUGACUACAUAUUCCUUCAGACAACAUCAGCCAAUCGGACAAAAUAUUACGUUUCUUACCGUCGUAAUAGCUUUGUACAGAUGAAACUGCCAAAAUAUGCAUUGCCAAAGGAUUUACAGAUUAUCAGUACUGAUGAGAACCAAGUGUUUGUGGCUGUUCAGGAAUGGUACCAGACAGACACCUAUAACUUAUACCAGUCUGAUCCACAGGGUGUGUACUACUCUAUUUUACUAGAGAAUGUCAGGAGCACUAAACAGCCAGAAGAGAAUGUCCUGAUAGAUAUUUUGGAGGUCAGAGGUGUUAAAGGAGUGUUUUUGGCUAAUCAGAAAAUUGAUGGAAAAGUGACAACUCUGAUAACCUAUAACAAAGGCCGUGACUGGGACUAUCUGAAACCUCCAAUCACUGAUAUGAAUGGUAAACCAACCAACUGCAAACCUCCUGACUGCCAUCUUCACCUCCAUCUCCGCUGGGCAGACAAUCCAUAUGUGUCAGGAACAGUCCAUACCAAGGAUACUGCACCAGGGCUCAUAAUGGGCGCAGGUAAUCUGGGUUCCCAGCUGGUUGAGUAUAAAGAAGAAAUGUACAUAACAUCUGAUUGCGGGAAUACCUGGCGCCAGGUUUUUGAAGAAGAACAUCAUAUCUUGUAUCUGGACCAUGGUGGAGUUAUUGUGGCCAUCAAAGACACUUCUAUCCCUCUGAAAAUACUCAAAUUCAGCAUUGAUGAGGGCCAGACAUGGAGUACACAUAAUUUUACCAGCACUUCAGUUUUUGUAGAUGGACUACUCAGUGAACCUGGAGAUGAGACAUUAGUCAUGACAGUUUUUGGACACAUCAGUUAUCGUUCUGAUUGGGAACUGGUGAAAGUAGACUUCAGACCAUCUUUCCCAAGGCAGUGCACUGAAGAUGACUAUGAAUCUUGGGACCUCACAAAUCUUCAGGGGGACCGUUGCAUCAUGGGUCAACGAAGAAGCUUUCGGAAGAGGAAAAUUUCAUCAUGGUGCAUUAAAGGAAGAAGUUUCACGUCAGCUCUCACAUCCAAAGUUUGCGAGUGUGUGAACUCUGACUUCUUAUGUGAUUAUGGAUUUGAGCGUUCAGCACCUGUGAAGUCAGAAUCCAGCAAGUGCUUUGCUGACUUUUGGUUUAAUCCAGAAUCCCCUCCUGAAGACUGCGUAUUAGGACAGGCAUACACAAGCAGCACUGGGUAUAGGAAAGUGGUGUCUAAUGUGUGUGAAGGUGGGGUUGAUUUGCAACAGAAUUUAGCCCAGCAUAUGUGUCCACUGAUUGCUCCCAAAGGGUUACAGAUCAGCAUCAAAGGAGAAAGCCUGGCUGUUAAGCCUGGAGAAGACAUCACCUUCAUUGUCAGACAAGAGCAGGGAGAUGUUCUAAAUACUAAGUACCAGGUGGAUCUUGGAGAUGGAUUUAAGGCAAUAUAUGUGAAUCUCACUAUGACCGGUGAACCUAUCCGCCAUCGUUAUGAGAACCCUGGGAUAUACCGUGUCUCAGUCAAGGCUGAGAAUGUGGCUGGGCAUGAUGAGGCUGUGGUGUUUGUUCAAGUGAACUCUCUGCUGCAGGCUUUACAUCUAGAAGUGGUUCCAGUCAUUGGGAGAAACCAGGAGGUGAAUCUGACAGCUAUCAUAUUGCCCAAGAACCCUAAUUUGACAGUCUUCUACUGGUGGAUAGGAAACAAUCUUCAGCCUUUUCUUACUUUGGAGAGUUUUUUAAUGACCAAAUUUGCUGAGACAGGUGAGGUUAGAGUUACAGUGCAAGCCUCCUGUGGGAACUCCAUGCUUCAAGAUUCAAAGGUUGUCCAAGUUUUUGAUCAUUUUCAUAUUCUUUCUCUAAAGUUUACUAAACAUCUGGACAUGUACAACCCCAACAUACCGGAGUGGAGGGAAGACAUAGGUCGGGUAGUGACACGACUUCUUGCAAAGGAAACCAAUAUACCAGAAGAAAGUCUUGUAACUGUGGUGAAACCUGGCCUGCCCACAACUGCUGACUUGCAUGUGCUUCUACCAGCAAACCAACCAAAGCUGAAGAGAAGUGUAACUACUGACAAGAGAAUAGCUGCUCUAAAACAAGCCUUGAAUGCACACAACAUCAGUUUCUUCCUGAGAGGGGGAUAUUGGGUCUUAGUGACUUUAGAUGACUCCGAUUCAGAUUCUCAGAGGAUUGGAGGAGGUGGUGGAUACUGGGCUAUCAUAGUGCUCUUUGUCAUCUGUCUCGUUGUAGUUGGUGCUUUCAUCCUGUACAAAUUUAAAAGGAAACUGCCAGGCAGAAAUGUCUAUGCUCAAAUGCACAAUGAAAAGGAACAGGAGAUGACCAGCCCUGUUAAUCACAGUGAGGACACUCAGAACAUCAUCCAGGGUGAGGAGUUUAUUGAUGAUGAUAUGGACUCUCAAACACUAGGUAACGCAAGAGUGACUCCUUCUGGGAGAGGUGGCAACUUGAACAGCUACAGAGUUCCCUUAUUGCUGAUGCCGGUCAGUGUCCAGUCCCAGGCAAUCACUCAGGCGUGGUUUUGAGCAUUAACUCCAGAGAGAUGCACAGUUACCUGGUUAGCUGAUAUUUGCAGCUGAAUACAAAAAUCGAAAGACUCUUUUCUGUAUCUUUUUAUUUUUCCCCGGGGAAGUCACAGAAUUGGAAACAUGGCUGGAAACACUGGUGAAGAGAAGGAUCCUUAACAGUCCUGUGGAAGCAAGUGUCCAUCGUCUCUUACCACGGAGAAGGAUAAUGUGCGUCUUGUGUUCAUACAAUGGACUGGGAACUUAUUACAAUUCAAAUUCAAACUAAGGUAGCAGAUUUGUAGCCCUAGGUGCACUCUAUGCCAUAUUUUCUCUUUUCUGUUCUGGUUCUUUGUGUCCAUUUUUAGAAGGAUUGACCUUAACUCUUUUUAUUGAGGUAUUCAGUAGAAGAUGAGAAUUCUUCAGUCCUGAAGAGCUGACUUUAAAAUCCAGUGACUAGCACAAAGCAAAUGGCUGGCUGAAUGCUCCAUAUUUUUACUUGGUUAAAAAGCUGUGACUUCCUGGUCUGGUUCUGUACUCAGAGAAGAAUGAGCAAGGAGACAGAUAUUCUCCUAGCUCCUCCUCAGUCUUAUUUCCUAACUUCCAAAUGUGAGAGACAAUCGAAUGAGCUUCUGCUCACUGGUUGAGGCCCUGCUAUAGACUGAAGAGGUCAUGGCUUAGGACCUGUUGCUCUUGUAAAUGUAAUGAGCCUUGAUAAAUCCUCAGCCCCAUGACUAUCUCUUAUGGUCAUCACCAAGAGAAAGGAAAAAAGUGCCAGCUUGAUGCUACUUCCAGACCAGGUGCCUUCACUUCCAGACACUGGUUUAAGUUGCUCCUUCAUUGUCUCCUAACUGAGCACCUCCAAAAAUAGCAGUUGCAAGACCGGUUAUUAUAUAAUAAACAGUGCUGACUCCCCUUUUCCUGUUUUUAAAACCCCAGCCAGUGUAAAUACCUCUUUUAAGUAUCUCUUUUAUAUGUUUUUUUUUUUAACUUUCUAACUUUAGGACAGAGCCCCCAGGCGUAUAAGAAUU